AUCAUACGAUGUUGUUCCAUAUAAAGUUUCAAUACGCAAUUUUCGGCGCGAUUUUAUUCACAUGGCCAUCGAUUGCCUUGAAAUACCUGUUCGUCCCUGAGGAGGACCAGUUCUACAGCGAGUGCCAAAAUUCAGCACAUAACGUCCUUAACGUUCAUGAAAUGAGUGAUAUGUCAGAGUUAACCUUUACACGAGAAGGCGAUAAACUAGCAGUUUCGGGCAAUGCAUCCUUUAAGUGGGACAUUCAACCUGGCGAUCGUGUUUUGACGAGCUUUCAGUUAUUUAAGUUCGAUCGUAUAAGCUGGGUGCAAACACCUUUCGGUAUGACCGUUCCUGACAUCUGCCCCAUUCUGUAUGACGAGCCUCAGUAUUGGUAUAAGUAUUGGACUCAAUUUAUAACCAAUAAAGAAGAUGUUAAAGACAAAUGCUUUUACCCCGGAACUAAAUUUAUUCACGAACCGUUUGUUAUUAACUUAAUAUUCGAUAUUACUGGACUGCCUUUACAUGGGCGACAUAAAAUUGUUGUCACAAUCAGAGCCUUUAGCUGGAUGAAUGUGGAACGAGAAUCUAGCAUCUGUAUCGAGCUAGUGGGAGAGUUUGAAAGGCUAAAUUAGAAUAACAUGACAAGUCCGAUAAGUCCACGGCAUCUUAAUCAGAUCCUCCCCGCUGGAUCACUUUAAUUUGGUAUCCCUAUUAUAACUAUCCAUUUGUUAAUGCUUAAAAUAUGUUAAUUUAAAAUGUUAGUGUUGAAUUAUUCAUCAUGUUCCCAAUAA